UUUUUGGAGAAUACACGGAGGCCAUACUGUAGACGUAAAAGUUAAGCAGACGACAACAAACAACAACACGAUAUUCUUAUUUUCAUAGCUUUGAUCCAACGCCGCUAGGUGUCGUUUUCUUAAUCAAAACAUUUUCUGUAGCUGAUUUUACAUUCGAAAUGAGAAGGCAAUUAGUAAUUGUAGCAAGAUAUAGCGAUUACAGUUUACAGGAGUCUACUACAUUAAAAUUGUAUAACAAGAAGAUUAGAGAAGACAGUAUUCGAAAUACAGAUGAAGGCUCUUUUCUGCUAGAUACCAUUAGUGUUGAUGAAAAGACAGUGACAACUUUUCACUUUUGUCUCUAUGCUCAUGUUGCAUCAUAUUUCCGAUGUGAACUCCUGAGAUCUCGUGUCUUUGCAAAACAAGCGUGGAUUCAUUUUGCAAGCCAGUCAAGUUCAAAUCACUUGACCACAAUAAUUGUUCACAUUUUGUUAAAACCACCAGUCCGAUACUACAUGGAUCAGAGAUUUGGAUACCAAGUUCAGCUGUUGGUCAAUGAAAGGAUUGAAUUAGACCACAUGAUGUCUUGCCUGUCUACCUUAGGUGGAGCCUUUUCAUCCCUAGGUGAUCAACUUACUGAUUGUGCAAAGGCAGCAGGAAGGAUUUCCUUUCAGCAGUAUAAGAUUGCAGAGAAACUUUGUGAUCCUGUAACCUUAAUGCGUUGCCAGCUGUACCUUGCCAUAAGCUUCAUCCAAUGCAAUCACUUCAAAAAAGCCAGGAUUGUUAUCACCUCAGUAUAUAGAGCCAUGAAGUCUAGGCCAGAAGGGUUACAGGAGAAAAGAGUUAUCUCCAUGUGCCUGGGUAUUUGGGCUAAACUUAAAUAUCAUUGGCAUCUAGAAAAGAACAAAAUUAAACAGAUGUACAUUACAUGAACUAAUAAAUCUGAUUGUUAGAUUUCUCAA